CUUUAACAUUUUUUUCCCGUUUUGUUAGGACGCAGAUCAGAUUCAUUUCGAUUAAAGUCCAACCCACUUCGAACAACACCAUACCUACAACAUCAUUGUCCUUACCACUUCUCCCAUUAGCCAGCCUGCCACCUCCUCCUCCUCCUCCUCCUCCUCUUCCUUUUUGAAUUUCUUAUCCCACCACCCAACAUUCUUCUUCCUUCUCAACUCUUCAGUUGUUGUACGUGUCAAGCAAGGAUCAUACAACUUUCAACCAUGAAAAUCGAGGUGAAGGAAUCGACUAUGGUGAGACCUGCCCAAGAAACUCCUAGGAGGAACUUGUGGAACUCGAACGUGGACUUGGUGGUGCCAAAUUUCCACACCCCUAGCGUCUACUUCUAUAGGCCGACCGGAUCAUCGAAUUUCUUUGAUGCCAAAGUGCUAAAGGACGCUUUGAGCCGAGCCCUUGUCCCGUUCUACCCAAUGGCUGGUAGGUUAAAGAGAGACGAAGAUGGGCGGAUUGAGAUUGAGUGCAAUGGUGAAGGCGUGCUUUUCGUGGAGGCCGAGUCUGAUGGAGUAGUUGAUGAUUUCGGUGACUUUGCACCAACUUUAGAGCUUCGUAGACUCAUUCCUGCAGUUGAUUAUUCUCAAGGAAUAUCAAGCUACGCUCUCCUAGUGCUGCAGGUGACAUAUUUCAAGUGUGGUGGAGUCUCUCUUGGUGUUGGCAUGCAACAUCAUGCAGCUGAUGGAUUUUCAGGUCUUCAUUUCAUCAAUUCAUGGUCUGAUAUGGCCCGUGGCCUUGAUGUGACCCUGCCACCAUUCAUAGACCGCACCCUCCUCCGUGCCCGCGAUCCGCCCCAGCCUCAAUUCCAGCACAUUGAGUACCAACCUCCUCCAGCCUUAAAAGUUUCCCCGCAAACUGCAAAAUCUGACUCAGUUCCUGAAACUGCAGUGUCCAUCUUCAAGUUAACCAGGGAGCAAAUCAGUGCCCUGAAAGCCAAGUCCAAGGAAGAUGGAAACACCAUUAGCUAUAGCUCCUACGAAAUGUUGGCAGGCCAUGUAUGGCGCUGUGCUUGCAAGGCACGAGGACUCGAAGUUGAUCAAGGAACAAAAUUGUACAUUGCUACUGAUGGACGAGCAAGACUUAGGCCUUCGCUCCCACCUGGCUAUUUUGGCAAUGUCAUCUUCACGGCAACCCCGAUAGCUAUAGCUGGUGACCUUGAAUUCAAGCCAGUCUGGUAUGCUGCAAGUAAAAUCCACGAUGCAUUGGCGAGGAUGGACAACGACUACUUAAGGUCAGCUCUUGAUUACUUGGAAUUACAGCCUGAUUUGAAGGCCCUGGUUCGUGGUGCCCAUACUUUCAAGUGUCCAAAUCUGGGGAUCACAAGCUGGGUAAGGUUACCCAUCCAUGAUGCUGAUUUUGGCUGGGGUCGGCCCAUAUUUAUGGGUCCUGGUGGUAUCGCUUAUGAAGGUUUAAGCUUUAUAUUGCCUAGUCCAACCAAUGAUGGAAGCAUGUCAGUGGCUAUUUCAUUGCAGGGCGAGCACAUGAAACUCUUCCAGAGUUUCUUGUAUGACAUUUGAACGGGAGCACAUCACAUGAAUUUUCACGCUUGUAUUAAUAGCUUUCGGUUCCGGGCCAGCUAUUCAUGCGGUGGUGGUUUCUUGAGUAAUUGUUUAAGCUUAUGAAGAACCACUGUUCUGUUUUGUACCUAAGUGGACAAUAAUUCUUGUCUAAGUUCCUUGUGCAUGUAAUGACGAUGAAAGGAUAAGGUUCAUUUCAUUUUAUUGUUUUGUCAUUUAAGUUCUAAAGUUGUAAUCUUUCUAACUUCACAAA